AUGUCGUACCCUGCAGGAACCGUUACUAGCGUCCACGAGCAUUUAAUCAACUUGCUUCCGUACGAGGAGGACGACGGGUGGGAGGAGCUAGCGGCGGAAGCGGAGGACUCGGCGGAAAGCUCCGCGCAGGCGGAAGGGAGGAGCGACAGCGCAGCAAGCGCGUGGGAGGAAAAGGCGCGCGCGCUGGGCGGAAGCGCCAAGGAGCGGCAGCUGGCGCGGCUGCUGCCGGUGUUGUUCCUGGUGUCAUCGUCCCUCAUGCCCACUGCGCGCCGAUACCCGCUGCUGCUGCGCGAUCGACGGUUGCUGCACCACGUGCGCACUGAGCUGUUCGGAGUGGAUCUCGCCGCGCUCUCCAUCCCCCUGGACGCCACGUCAGCAUAUUCCACGUCAGCACGAGGCGCGGAACCAGCGCGUCCGCACCUGUUCUUUGCAAAGAACCUCUACCUCCCGCUACAUCCGGACUCCCUUUGCGGAUUCGCCGCUUCCCCCCUACCCCGCUCUCCCGACCCCCUGUGGCGCACCCUCCGCGCGCACCACCUCCUCCCGCCCAAAGGCCUGCCGAUCCUCCAUCCGAACUGGGUGCUUCGGCUGCCGAGCCAGCCUCCGAACCAGCAGGAUCGGGCGCACAUGGUGGUUGGGGAGGACUUGCAUGAGGAUUGGGUGGUGGUAGUGUCGCUGGUUUGGAGCGCGCAUGGGGGAAGGGAGGGGCAGGGGGUGGCUGGCGGGGAAGAUAUCGGAUUUGGGGAGGGGGGGCUUGUGCAAGGAGGAACAGGCGGAGAGGAGGGCGCGGAAGGUGAUUAUAAAGAACCGUCGAUUAUAAAGAACCGAGGAACAGGCGGAGAGGAGGGCGCGGAAGGGGGAGCAGGCGCAGGGGAGGGCGCUGAGGGCGAUAAUAAAGAGGCGGCUGACGCGAUGAACCGUGUGAUUGUAAUGAUGCGGGAGCUCUUCGGCGAGUCGCGCGUGGUGGUAUACGACGAGCACGUGCCGCUACUUCAAGCCAAGGAGCUCUUUUCCCGCGCGAUUCUGUUCGUCGGCCCAACGUCGCCCGCGCUUUCGAAUCUGAUUUUCAUGCCGUUUAACUCCACGGUCAUCGAGAUCCUCCCUCGCCCCGUAACCAUGGCCGCUUCCAUCCCUGUCGCCGGCCAACAGCGGGCUGCCACGUGGCAUUUCCACCUCGCUUUCCGCCUCGGCAUCCAUCAUUUCCUCUCAGCAUGCGAUCCGAGUAAGCUAAUCUGGCUCGCGCGGGAGCACUGCCACGUGGACGAGGUGUACGGUACAGUCACCGCAAUGAUCCGUAACAACCCUACUCUCCACGCGUUCACCAAGUUACCACACGUCUCCUUUCCACCGGACGAGCUGGCCAGCCUCGGCGAUUUCCGAAGCAGGAUACCAGGCUCAAGACUCAGGCCCGGAACAGGAGAAGCGGCAGCUUUCAAGCGGUGGAUGAGCUGCGUCGCGGAGCGCGGCGAGUGGCGGUACAACGCGACGCCUAGGGUUCUACCGUGGGAGGAAAAGGAGCUGCAGAGCUGCGACUCCCGCCACGUGAAGCACGGCGGAGUUGCGGGAGUUCACGCGGACAAAAUCGCCAACUCGAAUUUGGAUCCCGCUGCUACUGCUGCGGCAUGGAAGGUUCGAGAAACUCUGAAGUACGAGUGGGUGGUGCCGCGGGAAAAGUGUCCAGGAGUUAUCGGGGGAAGGCAGGCGGUGGUGGGGAGGGAGGGCGUGCAGGGGGAGCUGUUUUCGAGGUUCGACGGGCGUGCGCUUUGCGAGCUGGCCGCGCGGCGGAAGGAUGGGCUGCGGAUUGCCUUUAUCGGGGAUUCGCUGACGCGGGAGCAUCACUAUUCUUUUAUGAAUAGCAUAAUUAAGCAUAUACCUAAGCCGGCGGUGGGGACGAUAGUGAAGCAGAAAUUUCUCAAGUGGAUUGACGACUCGAGGACGCUUACAUGUGCUGGUUACCGCAUUCAGGGAUGUCCGAAAUUGGAGAUACAUUAUGUGGCGACAACUCGGCUGAUGCGUGUGGGGGAAGAAAAGAAAGAGCGGGCGGCAUGGCUCCACGUGCCAUGGCACCAAGUCCAGGGAAUACGAGAAUCUCACGUGCUUAUAAUGAAUCGGGGUGCGCACUACAAGCCGGCAGUGAAGAUGGUGAAGGCAGUCAGACGAUGCUUCCGUUUUCUUCGUCAUAAUCACCCCGACAAACUCCUAAUUUACCGCACCACAUCUCCACACCACCUCAACUGCCUGAACCACACCCAGCCAAUCACAGAGCGGCAGGAUGGAGCGACAUUGCCACUCCAAUGGGUAGAAUUUACGGAGCAAAAUGAGAUGGUGAGGAGUAUAGUGGAGGAUGCAGGAGGAGUGUUCAUGGAUGUGGAACCGAUGAUGGCUUUAAGACCGGAUGGGCAUAGAGGGGAUGUCAAAAAAACAGACUGCUUGCACUACUGCCAGCCAGGCCCCCAAGACACCUGGUCUGAGUUCCUGUACAACAUUAUCCAGAGGCUCGUGCCUGAGCAGUGA